AUGGAUGAUUUCAUGAGGAAGAUAAAUGCACUGAUUUGGAGUAUAGAUAUAGAUCCAGCAACAUUUGAAGUAGGUUGGAAAGAUGUUAUGAAAGAAUUUAAGCUUGAAAAGAGUGAGAACAGUUUCUUUGACAAAUUCAACCGUAGAUCUGACACAUUGACAAAAUUUUAUCUCCGAUACGAGAGUGCUAUGGAGAAGCAAAGGCAUACAAAUGCAAGAUUAAACUAUGAAGGAACAAAGUCGAUGCCAAGAACGGACACGUCAUUGUUAUUGGAGAGGGAUGCAGCAGAGUUGUACACUCGAACAAUGUUUUAUGAGGUACAGAAAGAGAUAAUGUCAUCCUGUUAUGAUAUGAGUAUCAACAGUAUAUCAGAAGAAGAUGGUGUGAAGAUUUUUUCCUUAAAGGACAAAAAGAGACAUGGAAAAAUAUUUGAGGUGAAACACGCUUAUUUGAACAAUGACGUGCAAUGUACGUGUAGGCUGUUUGAGAAAAUGGGUAUAGUAUGUAGACAUGGUUUUUUUGCACUGAACCAAGCUGAUGUAACAAAAAUACCAAGACAUCUUGUUGUGAACCGAUGGACAAAAGGUGCUGAGAUGAGGCAUUCAUUGCAGUUCAAGGAAAUAUCAGAACAGUGCAAUGCAAUUGAAGUUACAAAUCACAAGUUGAAUGACAUAUGGUAUGAUUUCCAAUCCUGUGUGAGUUUGGCAGGUUUAGAUGGUGAGAGACUUGACUACCUGGAAGGGAAGUUGAAGGAGUUGAAGCACAGUUUGCGUGAAUCUAGUUGGAAAUCUGACACACAGAACAAAAAUGAUGUAAUGGAGUUUUUUGUUGGCUCAAAAAUACCAGCGGAAAUGAUCGUUAAACUUCCCAUUGAAGGUAGAAACAAGGGGUGUGGACGGAGAAUUGUUGGUGAUUAUGAGAAAUUAAUUAGUCAACGAAAGAAGAAGGUGCCAAGGCUGUGUAAUAUGUGCAAAAAAAUCGAUUUCCAUAACGCACGGACAUGCCCAUUAAAGAAAACAAUACAGCAGAGUGAUGUUUAA